AUGCUGUGGUGGCGCGGAGCUGAUGGCACAGAUCUGGGGGACUCAUCCGCCACUGAGGCUCCCGAGGAAAGUGGGAAUGAGAGCUCGAACAGUAGCUCAAGGCCCGGGAGAGACCGACCAGUUCUAUCCAGGGCCCGAACGGCUCCUGCCAGCACGGCGGAGCACACCUCGAAGUGGACCAAAGAAGAGAUCUUAGCUCACGAGCAUCCCGAGAAGAAGCGGAGGCGCUGCACGGACGUAUCCUGGCUUCUGGUCUUUCUGCUUCUUCUUUCGGUGCUCUUGGUCUUUGGGUUCAAGAACCCGAGCUUUACAGCUCUGCUCAAGCUUGCUGACUACGAGGGGAAUAUCUGUGGAACUGCGGGCAAGACGCAUCAACGAUUUGCCUACAUCUGCGCCGUGAAUGCUGGCGAGUUGCAGACCGCCUUCACCGUUUGCAGGGAGUCCUGUCCUUCCAGCAACCACUCCAAGUAUCGUUGUUCCAACAACCUCACGGGCGUAGAUGCGGAGGCGCUGGACUACCCCACUGAAACCAGCAUCUUUCAUAUCAGCAACCUCUGUGUACCCCGGUCUGUUGAGUUGGCAAACCGCCUCUUCGUCCACCAUGCGAGGGCUGCGGAAGAGGCCCGGCUAUACGUGGCUUUGAGGCGCCUCUGGGUACCUCUUUUGAUGGCAGCGCUUGUGGGCAUCGGCAUUUCCUACAGACUUCUCUUCGUCCUGAAGAAGCAUACCGAGAGUCUCUUGAUGACCGGUGUGGCUGUCAUCGUCCUGAUCCCAUGGACUUGGGCAUUGUUCCUUUACGUGAUGAACGGCAGAGACGCUGAAGGCUUUUGCUGGGCACUGGUUCUGAUCGGCGUCUUCCUGGGAUGCAUCUCCAGCGCCCAUGCCACCACGCUGAAGCUGGCAGCUGGAUGCAUUGAGAGUUCUUGCGAGUGCGUACUAGACACGCCUCUGUUGCAGCUCGGACCUCUCGCGGUCUUGCUAACGAGAGCAUGCGCGAUUAGCUUCAUGCUGUUUUGCCUCCUGGUGUCCCCAGCGGGCAUAUUCUACAACCACCAGGCGCGCGUGCUGAGCUUCGACUGUGGCCAGGAGCAUUGCACCGGAAGCAUAAUAUUUUUCAUCUGCUGGGUAGGCAUGCUUUUCUGGGUGGAAGCUGUGAUCACAGCAGCAUGGGAGUUUGCGGUCUCUUAUCUGGCAUGUACAUGGUACUUUGAUGAUCCGAAGUUGGAACGGAAGAGUGGUACCACGCUCUGGAAACUUGUUUACACGCUCUUGCGAUAUCACCUGGGCAGCAUGGUCAAGGCCGCCGUCGUAAUCGGAUUCCUACGACCAUUCCGCUUCAUUUUCGGCACGAUCACACAAGUGGCCCGGAUGGAGUACAACCCAUUGCGUGGAAUCAUCCUCUUCUUUCUCGGCUGCUUCGUGCAUCUCUAUGAACAGCACUUCGACAGGUUCUCUGCAGAUGCAUACGUUGAGCUGGCGCUCACUGCCGAGCCAGUCUCGAAUGCCGCGGUCUUGGCCAGCAAAGUUGGCGAGACGCAAGUGACGUUCAGCAGCACGAAGACCGGCACCACCUUUGUGAUGCAGUUGGUUUGGGGUGCUAUCGUCUGGUGGGCGGGGUAUUUCACAGUCUACGUAAUCGUGGGUGGCCACUGUCCCGGUCUAGAGGGAUAUGGCAACCCUUACUCAAGCUACUUCGUGGGGAACCCGCACCUCUGGUCAAACGCAGGGGGCGUGAUUUCACUAGUGGCUGCCUUUCCGUACCUGAUGGUCUUCGAUGCCGUCUCCGACACGCUUCUGUACUGUGACAUCAUUGAUCUGGAGAUCGAGAAGUUCGAGGAAAAGGCAAGGCAAGAGGCUCGGUUGUCGAAGGAAGGCUUCCUGCUGGAACGGCUGCGUGGAAUCCAGGUGGAUAUGUACGCCGUCGGGAAGUCCGUGAGGCCGGUCAAGAGCAGAGACUGCGCCCAGCGGCUGUGGCAAGGCUGCGCAGCAUUGCAGGCGCGACGUCAUGCGCCGGGGAAUGCCUUGAACUUCAAAUCAGAGGGCAAAGAUCAACUGAUAAGUCGAAUGCUGCAGCCGCCAGAGCACGGUCCAAGACAUGAGAGCCUGUUGGUCGACCUUCAGAAUGCCGCUUUGCACCAUGUGACAGUCAGGUUAGUGGCUCACUGCGCAAACCAGUGGAUCCCUUCAUCCAGCUAUAGCAUAGAGGAUGUACCAGAAGAACCCGGCUCGCCACAAGAUGCGGCCGAGAAGGAUCUGCUGGAGCAGGCCAGACAUGAAGCAGAAAAUCUCUGGGGAGACAACAGCUUAGAGGGGCCCGCCUCCCUACAUGACGAGGAGGAGGGCCUGCCCUCUUUGACAGCCGGCCCGGCUCCGGCAGGUGAGCAGCAAGACGAAGGGAUCGUCCGCUUCAGCGCAACACGCGCAGAGAAGUGGGGCCUUGUCCUGGCGCCCGAGGAGCGCCUCCUUUGGGGGCCUUGCCUCUUCGAGGAAGAGGUCUUUCGCGCUUGGUUUCCGCAUCGGCGGGGUGCGCGGAACCUGAGGCGACCCUCGACGCUGGCCACGAUAACAGAUCGUCGCCUCAUUGUCAUCCAGUACAGGAGCGUCGGACCUCUCUGCUGUGGUGGUGUCUGCCACCGCGCCCCCGUUGACAGCGUGAGUAUCAUUCCGCUCAAGAACAUUCUUGGAUUCUGCGUCGAGGAGAACUUUUCGCUGCAGCAGGCGAUGCUUGCUCGACUGCUAUCUCGGGUGUGCUGCCGGCCUUUGUCGGAAAGUUCACUGAGUGUCAAGGUCCUCAGCAACGCCGGCCUUGGUAAGGUGUACCUCGGCGCAAUGUCUGUGAAGCAGCGGGUGCUUCCGCUGCAUGCCGAUCCAGCCUGCAACUUUGAAGAGGACAAGGUGCUGGAGUUGAGGAGAUGGCUAGGCAAUGUGGCCCUGUUCUUCAGCGAUACAAGCAACAAGGACCCCUCGCGCCCACUGCUGGAGCUCUGGCGCUGCGAGCGAGGUUGGGCUCCUGAGUGA